AAGACUCCGCUCCUACUUCCUGUUUGGGCACAGUUGCUGUUGUGGGCGGUAGGGGCAGUUAGCAGCCUAGGCUCUGGACCGCUGGUGCGAUGCCGGGUAGAGGCAGCUGUCCCGAUUGCGGCUCCGCUGAGCUCGUGGAAGACUCGCACUAUUCCCAGAACCAGCUCGUGUGCUCCGACUGCGGCUGCGUGGUCACCGAGGGCGUUCUUACGACCACCUUCAGUGACGAGGGCAACCUCCGAGAAGUAACAUAUUCUCGAAGCACCGGGGAGAAUGAACAAGUUAGUCGAAGCGAGCAACGAGGUCUUCGCCGAGUGAGAGACCUCUGUCGAGUGCUGCAGCUGCCACCAACAUUUGAGGACACGGCAAUUGCCUACUAUCAGCAGGCGUACCAGCACGCUGGCAUCCGCACGGCCAGGCUGCAGAAGAAGGAGGUGUUGGUUGGUUGCUGUGUCUUAAUCACCUGCCGGCAGCGAAACUGGCCCCUGACCAUGGGGACCAUCUGCACCCUGCUGUAUGCAGAUUUGGAUGUGUUUUCUGGAACCUACAUGCAGAUAGUGAAGCUCCUGGGGCUGGACGUGCCAUCUCUGUGCUUGGUGGACCUGGUGAAGACCUACUGUAGCAGCUUCAAGCUGUUUGAAGCCUCCCCGUCUGUGCCAGCCAAGUACGUGGAAGACAAGGAGAAGAUGCUGUCGCGAACACUGCAGUUGGUGGAGCUGGCCGAUGAGACGUGGCUGGUGACCGGGCGGCACCCCUUGCCCGUCAUCACCGCCGCCACUUUCCUGGCGUGGCAGUCCCUGCGGCCUUCAGAUCGGCUGACCUGUUCCCUUGCCCGAUUUUGUAAAUUGGCGAAUGUGGACCUGCCCUACCCCGCUUCCUCCCGCCUGCAGGAGCUGCUGGCUGUGCUGCUGCGGAUGGCCGAGCAGCUGGCCUGGUUGCAGGUUCUAAAGCUUGACAAACGGUCUGUGGUCAAGCACAUCGGCGACCUCCUCCAGCACCGCCACAUGCUGGUCCGCAAGGCCUUUCGGGACGGAACAGCCGAGAUGGACCCUGGGGAGGAGCUGCAGGGGCAGGGGCAAGGACCAGAAGAGGAGGAUGUGGGGAGUAGCUCUUUAGAGCUGCCUGCGGUCAAGCGGCCUGCCAGCCCUGCCCUCCUCCUCCCACCCUGCAUGUUGAAGCCCCCAAAGCGAGUCUGUUCCACCCCCCCUGUCUCCACGGUCACUGGAGAUGAAGACAUUUCUGAUAGUGAAAUCGAGCAGUAUUUGCGUACCCCUCAGGAAGUUAGGGACUUCCAGAAGGCCCAGGCAGCUAGACAAGCCGCCCAGAGUGUUCCGAAUCCCCCCUGAUGCACAUUGGGCAUUGAGGGCGCUUCCCCUCAUCUGAUGACUUGCUAACCGGCCUGACACAGCCAGAGGAAUCACUGUCCACAAGCCCUCAGGUGUUUCCAUUCUCGUUUAAGGGACCCAAGAGGGGUUGUGCAGUCCCAGAGGUGAAGUCAGAAGGAGCGUGGGGAUGCCCGGCUUGGAGAGAGUCCCAUCCCUUGGUCCCAGAGAGCAGCUUGCCUCCCUCCCUGUUCUGUGGGCUGGCUUUCUCUUGGGCUGCUGGAGCAGCGACGGGCUCUCCUGCUCUCUGAUUGGAUUGGAUACAUGGCUGCUGCCGGACUGGCGGGCCUCUCCUGGUGUGGAUUGUGGGUAUUCCCAGCAUUACCAGCCCUCAGAGGAUGGAAACAGCAACCCUCGGCCCUGUGUUUGUUCACAGACCCUGUGGGCUCAUGCGUACAGUGUUAGAGAUCCUCUCUCAUCACUAAAGGACUGUGGGUGGAGGAGUAAGGUCAUAGCUCAAAGGGCUUUGC